AUGUUUCACAUUUGGUAGGAUGGACCACAUGAAAAGUGGGUAGCAGGAGAAGAAACAAGACAGCUUGGAAACAUGGUACAAACGGAAGUGGAACUGCUGGAUGAAAAGAUAAGGCUGUGGUCAAUUGGAAAGGAAUCUGACAUCCGAUUGCUGUUAUCUUCUUUGCAUCAUAUUCUGUGGCCUAGCAGUGGAUGGUUGAGCAUACCUUUGACAAACCUAAUUGAAGUAUUGCAAGUGAAGAAAGCAUAUCAGAAAGCACGGUUGUGCCUCCAUCCCGACAAACUGCAACAACGGGGUGCUACUCUAACCCAAAAAUAUAUUGCAGAGAAAGCAUUUUCUCUACUCCAGGAUGCUUGGGAAUCAUUUGGCUCUCAUGAUGCCAUUUGUGGAUGAAACUUUGCUGGUAAAUUAGUGGGCUCUUCGAGAUGCCGUUUUGCAGCCUAUGUGAUGCAGGAAGAAUGGUAAAAUGCCUGAGUUGUGUAUGAUUAUGGAUUAUUUUAGUGAAUGCAGAAGUUACAGAUUAUUAUUAAUGCUAGCAAGCAAUUUAUGUUACCAUGCUCACCAUCUCUGCUGUGCGUCAGAAGCUUGUGUUUGUUUAGGGGUUUGGAUUGGGCUUAGGCUUUAAUAAUAGAAAUUUUAAUUAGAAUAAUUA